AUGGCAGAUGUCGCAAACAACAGCGGCCGGGACCCCAGCACAGACACGCUGGCAACCCCGGCAUCGACAACCAGUCUCUAUGUGGUUGACGACCAGAUGAACGACGGCGCUGAGGGUGCACACCCCGAGCCCGCUGUGCCUCGGCGGCCAGACGCUUACUAUCGCGACCUCUACAAAGAUCGCUUAGAUUUUCGCGCCCUUGCACGCGACGACCCAGACCUCCAGGCGGUCCUCCACAAUGGCCAGCUCGACUUUCGGGACCCGGCUGCCGUCCGCCAAUUGACAAUCACGUUGCUCUGGCGCGACUUUGGUUUGAAGCUGGAACUACCUGAGAACCGCCUCUGUCCACCUAUCCCCAACCGGCACAACUACGUCGUCUGGAUUAAGGCGCUGAUGGAGGACGAUGGCCCUGCCGUCGGCCUCGACAUUGGCACCGGUGCGAGCUGCAUCUAUCCGUUGCUAGCCUGCGCACAACGUCCCAAGUGGCAAUUUCUUGCGACUGACAUUGACGCCGAAAGCCUCACGUUUGCCCGCGGCAAUGUGGCCCGCAACGGCCUCGAGGACCGGAUACAAGUUGUCGCGCGAUCUCCUGAUGAACGGCUCAUUUGUACGGGCGCCGAUCCCUCCGCCACAUCCCCCUCCUCUCCCUCCUACCCGUCACUCGACUUUACCAUGUGCAACCCGCCGUUUUAUGCGUCCGCGGACGAAAUGACGGCGUCAGUUGCCGCGAAGAAGCAGCCGCCACACUCGGCCUGCACGGGUGCCCCUGUGGAGAUGGUGUAUGCAGCUCGAGACGGCCACGCUGGCGGCGAGAUUGCCUUUGUCGGCCGCAUCCUGGACGAGUCGGCCAAGCUCCGCAGCCGUGUCCGCUGGUACACGGCCAUGCUCGGCAAGCUCGCGAGCCUCAACGUGCUCGUCGGCCAGCUGCGCGCCCGCGGUAUUGACAACUACGCCGUCGCCGCGUUUGUGCAAGGGACCAAGACGCGUCGCUGGGCGCUGGGAUGGAGCUACGGCGCACGACGGCCCACCAUGGCGGCUGCACGAGGAGGCAGCGAUGCGUCUGGUCUCGAGUCAUACCGGCACCUGCUGCCGCCGAUUUCUGAAGUGGACGUGCUGAGUGUGCCUCGGGGCAAUCAGGCGACGUCCGCCACCAACACAGUCUCGCUGUCGACGGCGAUUGACGCACUCAUGCAGAGCCUGGCGCUCGCGGCCUGGGACUGGGACAAGGAGGCACUACUAGGCGUGGGCCGAGCGCGCGAGAACGUUUGGGGCCGGGCCUGGAGACGAAAGAAGCAGCGUGAAGAGCGAGCGGCAGCAGAAGGUGGCCCGCCACAGCCAACAGAAGAUCCAGCAACCCUUCCUCUUGGCCGAGACGAAGAUCCCGCGUUUGGCUUUGUGGUGACGGUCCGCGUGGGUGUGACAGAGACCAUUGUCCACUGCCGCUGGCUCGAGGGCCACAACGAGGCGAUGUACCAAAGCUUUUGUGGAUUCCUCAAGGACAAGUUAAAAAUAUCACGACCAGAAGGAGAAUAA